AUGGCCAUUAACUGGGCUCAGGUUCUCCAGCUCGCAAGCCUGCUUGCAGCUACACACUCUUCUGGUAGAUAUUCCGUCGACAGCUUAGUAUCAUCACAACUGAGAACCCACAGGUGGUUCCGCGUCUGGGAUUUUGGGCGCAAGUACGGGCCCUUUGUGGUGACCGGCUCCGGCAUGGGCUUCCUCGGGGCUGCUUUACUAGACGGAAUGAACAGUCCUACUUUCGGCCUUAACAUUGCCGCUUCACUUUCUAUGGGUUUAGUUGUCGUUUACACCGUGUUGAUUGUGUUCCCUGUCAACGACAAAUUGCUAGAUGCCCAUUCAAAGUUGAUGAGCCAUAAAAGGUCUGAUGAUGAUUCUCAGACUACAGAAGAGAUUCGAAUCCUAGCAGCUGCAUGGAAGACCGCUGACCUCAAACGAACUUUGCUUUCGACAUUGGCGGCCUUGGCAGGCCUGAUUGCUGCGUGUAAGCAGUGA